AUGAAAUCUCCAAAAGACAUUGUUGAAGAAAUUCCUUUAAGAAUUCUAAACAUUGUCCCGCAUAUUUGCUGUAAACUUCGACCGGUAGAUACGCAAUUUCAUACAAUACGACACAAAUGCGAUCUACCCUCGGAAUCGUGUGGAAAUGAAAGUUUACCUGACAACGAUUUCUUUCAAGCGAUAACUAUUACGCAAUAG